ACAGAGUUACAUGGAUCUCUGUUAUGCGUGUAUAUUGAUUUAUUAUCAUUUUAAUUCAUUUAAAAACAUUUUUGUGACAUUUUUAAGAAAAUGAGUUUCCUUUUGAUCAACUGUUUUUUGCUGGUUAUAAAAAUGUGCAAUGGUAAAGCUGGUGAUUGUUCCAAUGAGAGAAGUGAAAACAACCAGUUUCCGUGUUGUGCGAACUUUUAUUGGGACGAAGGAGAAUGCAAAGAAUGUCUACCGGGAUAUUUUGGAAUGAACUGUCAGUCACGUUGUGUUCACCGUACCUUUGGCAAACAUUGUAUGAAUACCUGUGACUGCAAUAUCUCGGAUUGUGACCACGUCAGUGGAUGUCAAGGAAAUGAUACGGAGAUUAAGACAACAGCAGUGAACACGAGGUCAUGGGUAUCUUUGUCCGUCAACCCAAAUUUCCCAUGGAGCUACAGUUCUGCAGCUACACCAGACUACUCAACAGAAAAAGAGGAACCAUACAAUGACCGAGGUUUGAAAACCAAAAAUUUAAAAAUGCCAAUAAUAAUUGUUGGUUGCGUCAUUAUACUCUUAAUACUCGUAAAUGGAAUAAAAUGGAUCUCUAAGCCAGUUAAAAAAGCUCAUAUUAUUACAAAUACAAUGGAAGAUAAUGACCUUCCAUCCAUAUAUAUGGAAAUUGAUGAAAGAUCUGAACAAGAGUCUGAGUCCAACACAAUGCGCACAAAUGUCACAUCAACAUCUUUCACGUCUUUGAAUGGAAUAGAAACCAGACGACCGCAACUUCCGGUCAGGAAUAACCAAUUAAACUUCUGGUAAAGAGAUUAUGGUUUAUGCGAUAAUAAAACAAUAUACUGUAUACAUACGUGUAUCUUGCAAUGCAUAUCCUAUCAUAUUGCCUAUAUAUGGUAUGAACUCUUUAUAAAUUGAAAAUGUAACAAUUUUUAUGAUCAA